GCAGGUUUACUAUUAUUACCCUUUCUCAGCUCUAUCUGAUCCUGCCAAGCUUUACAAUGAUCUUAGAUGGAAUGUCACAAGGCCCCAGGGGUUUGAGGCUGUUAUGCGCGUGAGAUGCAGCCAGGGGAUUCAAGUACAAGACUACUCUGGAAACUUUUGCAAGCGCAUUCCAACUGACAUUGACCUACCUGCGAUUGACUGUGAUAAAGCUAUAAUGGUGACCUUAAAGCAUGAUGAUAAAUUGCAGGAUGGCUCAGAAUGUGCUUUUCAGUGCGCUCUUCUUUACACCACCGUUUAUGGGCAAAGAAGAAUCCGAGUUACAACUUUAUUUUUCUCCAUGCCACUAACAUGCUAAGUAAUCUGUUUCGCUCAGCUGAUUUGGAUGCUCAAUUUGCAUGUUACUUGAAGCAAGCGGCUAGCGAAAUUCCUUCAAAGCCACUAUUGCAAGUCAGGGAACAAGUGACAAACCUUGGUGUCAACACUUUGCUUUCAUAUCGUAAAUUCUGUGCUACUGUAACGUCAUCAGGACAGCUUAUUCUUCCAGAGGCACUUAAACUUCUGCCUUUAUACACCCUUGCAUUAAUUAAGAGCACAGGGCUGCGGACUGAUGGGAGAAUAGAUGAUCGUUCUUUUUGGAUCAAUUAUGUUUCCUCCCUUUCAACUCCUUUGGCAAUUCCCCUGGUUUACCCCAGAAUGCUGGCUGUCCAUGACGCUAAUUCAAAGGAUGAAGGAUCUGUCAUUCCUGUGACAAUUCCUUUGUCAAGUGAACACAUCAAUAACGAAGGAGUCUAUUUUCUUGAGAAUGGCGAGGAUGGUCUAGUAUAUGUUGGGGACUCAGUUUAUCCAGAUAUCUUGCAGCAGCUCUUCAGUGUCUCCUCAGUGGAAGCAAUCCCUAGCCAGGUAGCGUAA